UAUUGAUUUCCAACCACAUCUUAUCCAAAAGGAGCACAAAAAGAGAAACUUAGAGAGAGAAACUUAGAGAGAGAAACUUAGGAAGUCAAUUCGUAGUUGGUCUCACCAAAACCCUAGACAAAAAUGGAGGAGGAGACGCCGUCUCCUAAUCCAAAUGAUCUGCAUGUUCAUCAUAAUCACCACCUUACUGAGCAAAGGGAAGUCCUGAUGGAGGAUUUAACGGAUCACAUGGAAGGAACCAUGGAGUUUCAAACGAUUUCAGACAAAAAAUUAUCUCGCGAGGAAUCAUCAAAAAAAGCAAGACCAACCAUAUCUUUUCGAGAGGCUGUUAGCAAAUCCACGCAAUGGUUCGAGGAGGCUAAAGGAAUUAUAACGGCAUCUAAAGACUUGAAUGAGGAUCAAGAAGACAUGGCGCCUGAAGGGUAAAGAUGUGAAACAGAAUCAGGCAGCUGGAAAUUUUGGUUUCAAAUGGCUCCCACCAAAACCAGAUUUCUUGAAGCUCAACGUGGACGGAGCAUGGAAAUCCAUGACUGAAGCAGGAGGAGGGGGAGUUUUCAGAAUGCCUAAUGGCUCAUGGUUCGUAGGCUUCUCAUGUAAAUUCAACGUCAGCUCUCCUCUAGCUGCAGAACUGUAUGCGCUCAGAGAGGGUUUAAUCAUUGCAAAGGAUCUUAGCAUGGACAAAUUGGAGGUGGAAACAGAUGCUGUCCAACUCAAGUUAAUGUUGGAGAAAAUGGAUGAGAAUAGUUAUCAUGAACUCAGCCCUGUCCUGAAGGAAGUGGCUAAUAUGUUAAGUCAGAACUGGAUCAUUACAUUCAAUCACAUUCCUCGUUUCUGCAACAAAGUAGCUCAUGAUCUUGCAGCACAUGCCUUGGUGAUGGCUGUUGGUCACAAACUACACUACAUUAUACCAGCUUGUGCAAAGGAGCAUUAUUUUAAAGAACUUGAAUUGACUAAUCUGGAUUAUGCAGAGUUUGUAAGAGGAGAAGCUGGGAUAGGAACCACUGGUGCAACCCAAGUAACCCCUGUAGUUCCAACAACUUCUUCAGCAGCACAAAUUGUUUUUGGUUCAAUUGUUACAGAUAUUAAGCAAGCAGCAGAUAUUGCACGUGGGAAACAACAGCUCUCUCAGGAUAAAGGAAAGGGUAAAAUGUUCGAACCUUUUGUUGUUGGUGGCUCAACAGUUUCUAAUCCCAUAGAAAUUGUUGAGCUAGAAGAUGGUGAGGUAGCCAACAAUUAAGAUCAAGUGAGGUGUAGGUUUUGUGAAGACGCAGAUGUGGUUGAAUUGGAAGAUGGCGUCAGAAUAUUUUGCUGGUUUUGUCUAUAAGUAUGAAUAUAAUAGGACAUGGAAGAUGAUUCAAGGUUCUGCUGGAAACAAGUCCCUUUUGAACAAGUUUUUGCGGGCUAAAAGGAAAAUAUCAGAACACUAUCUUUUCAGUUGUAUAAAUUAGUAGAUUAUUGUAAUGGGGAUAGCUCAUACAGAUGGUUAUGGUUUUCUGCCUUAAUCAUUCGGGGAAUAUGUAAUAUUUUGGUAGCAUCUUUGGGGAGUUUGUUAGGUUGGUUAACGUAUGUUUUACCUCUGCGAGAGGUGGCUUUUGUAACAAACCCUUAAUUUCUAAUUAAUAUAUUCGUCUUGUUGCGUUAAAAAAAAAACCACAUCUUAUCCAUACAUAAAUAUAUAAUUGAUGUCAAUUUUCUGCUC